AUGACAGAUAACGAAUUAGAAAACUUUUGGAGUUUGGAAACGCUAGGAAUAACGGAUCCACCAAAUAAAACAGAAGAUGAGGAAGCUAUGGAUCAAUUUGAAAAAUCGAUUUCAUGGGAAAACAAUCGCUACCAAUGCAACUGGCCGUGGAAACACAACAGCGACAAACUACAAAAUAAUUUCGCAUUAAGUUUCGGACGUCUGAAAACAACGAUAAAGAAGCUAAAGAAGAAUCCUGGCUUACUUGAAGCAUAUCAAACUACAUUCUCAGAUCAACUAAAAGACGGGAUCAUCGAAGACGUCACUAACACCAUUCCCAACGGUCCUACCUAUUACAUGCCUCAUCAAGCUGUUAUUCGUCCAUCGAAUAGUACCACAAAAGUGAGAAUAGUAUAUGAUGCAUCAUCAAAAACCAGAAAAAAUGAUUUAUGCCUAAAUGAAAUCCUUCUAAAAGGACCCUCCUUAUUGCCAGCGUUGUGCGGAAUACUACUACGAAUCAGAACAGAUCCUAUAUUAAUAUCAGCAGAUGUAGAAAAAGCAUUUCUACAAAUUGCUUUAAACGAAAAUGAGCGGAAUGUCGUAAGAUUUCUCUGGUUACACGAUAUAAAUAAACCGCCUCAAUACCCCAACUUGAGAAUCUUCAGAUUCAAACGAGUCCCAUUUGGUGUCAUUUCAUCACCCUUCAUAUUAAAUGCCACUAUUCUUCAUCACUUGCAUCUCACAAAUACUAAAGUAUGUGAAGAAAUCAAAAACAAUAUCUACGUCGAUAAUAUCUUCUUAACAGCGACAGACACUGACACAGCAAUCAGAAAGGGUCAAGAGGCCCAACAAAUAUUUGCCAACGCUAACAUGAACCUAAGGCAGUUCAAAAGUAAUGAUAAGAAAGUAGUGCAAACACUGAUGAAGAGAGGAGAGAUAACGGAAAACAAAGAUAUCAUCUCUAUUCUAGGAAUUAAAUGGAAUACAAACAGAGACGAACUUACAUUCACACUACAAAAUUUCAAGGCAAAAGUACUCACUAAGAGAACCUAUCUCAGUUUUGUUGCGUCAAUCUACGACCCUCUCGGAUUUCUAACUCCUAUAACGUUACCGUUAAAAUCCUUCAUGCAAAAUUUAUGGGCAAAGAAAUACGCAUGGGAUCAACCUUUAGAAGAAAUUGAUCGCAAAAAGGUCCACACUCUGUUGGCUUGUUUAAGCAAUCAAGAAAUACGCGUAUCAAGACAAAUUAAUGGCGCUCUGAAUUGGAAAAAUUCACCAAUUCAAAUCCAUGUUUUCGUAGACGCGUCAAGCCAAGCAUAUGCAGCGACUGCUUAUCUUCGUCUUACAACCAAAGAAAACGUACAUUGCAGUCUGCUUAUGUCAAAAAAUCGUAUAACACCUGUCAAAGGCUUGAAAUGA